GGUCGUGGUUAAAGAGAUGAUUCUACCUUUGCAAAAGAAAAUUAUUUGAAACCGUGUCCAUUUUUACAUGCAUUUAUUUUGAGAACAGUCUCAAAUUUGAAACGCGCUUUGAUUAAAAUAAGUAUAUCGUUAUCAUCAUCAUCAUCAUCAUCAUCAUCAUCAUCAUCUUUAUAUAGUAAUACCUCAGGUUUUGCACGAUUUUUCCGGCUCCCUUAGCUUUUGCAAGCAUCUCACCAUUUUACUGCGCAUCCAAUCCGCAAUGAAUCCCGUCUUUGCAUCGAAUCUUCAGCCAAUCGAAGCAAAGCAAUCCGCUAAUGGAGCAAACUUGAGGUACGACUGUAUCAGAAAGGAAAUUUCCAUCUAUGUGCAUACGCAUGAUGGCACAUGGGUAUUCAUAUGCUUAUUGAAGCGCUCCGUAAUUCAAUCGUUUACCACACCAUUCUACGAGAAAUACAUAGCAUGUAUUCUUGUAUGCAUAGGUACAGUAAUGGGAUCUGCUCUUGCACACCUCUAGGCUGCAGCUUGAUCCACUAGCGAGGAUCGAUACAGAAAUGUUCUUUGCUUCGAUUAGCUGACGAUUCAUUGCUGGGACAGGAUCCACAGCGGAUUGAAUGCGCAGUAAAAUGGUGGGAAUGUGCGCGUCAGCUUAGAGAGUAAGAGAAGUGUGCAGAAGUCCAUUACUGUACACGUAUUACAUACAUAUAACGAAACAACAUACGCAGCUACCUGCACAACGAACAGCUGUUCGAGUCGAAAACGUUCUAAAUAUUAUUUGAAGAAACUCAAUUUAGAAGCAUUAUAUUUAUCGCAUUAAAAAAAUUAAUGAAAAUAGGUUACUAGUUGUAGAUGUUAAAUUUGCUUGAGAUUCGUGGUAUUCAGUCUUCAGAAUAUUCAUGAAUACUUAGAACACAACGAAUAUGAUAUCUGUAUCAGUAUUUGCCAUGUUAGCUGUCAAAUAAAUGGACGUAACUUAAACGUGUGAAUUGAAAGGAACUGGUAACAUUUUUAAAAUGGAUGUUGUGACAACUAGUUUGGAGGCCUUAAUACAAAGAGUAACAAAUCCACAAAAUCAGAAACCCGAUAUCGCAGCUAGCGAAGCUUUUUGUGUAAUGUUAACCAAAGAACCGGAAGGUAUUCAGAUUGGCACAAAAUUAUUGGCUUUACAUAUUCAAUCGUCUAAUGAAACAGAAGCGAUACAAGCUCUUGCUCUGUUGGACAUGUGUAUGCGAAGAUGUGGAUCACCUUUCCAUGCAGAAAUUGGUAAAUUCCGUUUCUUAAAUGAAAUGAUACGUUUAGUUUCACCAAAAUAUUUGGGUGGAAAAACAACAGUUCUGGUGCGUCACAAAGUAUUACAAUUAUUACACGCAUGGACAAAAGAAUAUCCACGUGAAAUGAAAAUCAAAGAAGCAUACGAAAUGUUGAAAAAGCAAGGUGUUAUAGAGGAUGAUUCGUUGUGCACGAUUAAUGCUUCAGAGGAUGUAUCGAAAGCUUCAAAAACUAAGCAUACAAUAUUCUACGACGAAGAAAAGUCCAACUUGUUGCAAAAAUUACUUCAAAGUAAAGAUCCCGAUGAUUUACUGUGUGCGAAUAGAUUAAUCAAAACUAUGGUGAGAGAGGAUGAAAGAAGAGUACAAUUGAAUUCACGUAGGAUAAUGGAAUUAGAAUCUGUACAUAAUAACGCCAAGUUACUAUCGGAAAUGUUAGAUUCCUAUAAUUGGAAAGAGACUAGUAAAGAAGAUCUCGAUUUGAUGAAGGAAUUAAAACAAGCCUGUGAAAGAUUAAAACCAAUUGUUCUCAGAUUAGCGAAUGAAACUCAAGAUAAUGAGGAAAUGCUUGGCGAUGUUCUUGCUGCAAGCGAUGAAUUGGGGCAAGUUUUUGAAAAGUACUCCAUGGUAAUAGAUCGCGGUGAAUGUUUGAACACUAAAAUGGACUCCAAUGUUAGUCCAUAUUUACUGGAUUUAUCUUCACCGUUAGAAAACAGUUCUAUCGAAAGGAGCGAAGUACACAAAAUUUAUGAUAUUGCUACAACUAAUCAUCAGUCUGAUAUGGAAGUUUUAGGGGAUAUAUUCAACUCAUUAGGGAGAUCUGAAAAUACAGAAAUUCCUUCUGUUUCUUCCACAAAUCUAUUAAUACCUAACUCGAUGAUCAUGCAACCAAUUAGUAUGCAACUAACAAGUAAGAAAGGUGAAGUAGUCGAUCCACCCGAAGAGAAAUUGGAUAGUAAAUCGAGAGCAUUGGAGGAACUGAAUGAAUUGGGGGAGUCUUUGCUUAAACAAAGUUUAUCGAGUUCAAUAUCAAAUAUCCGAUGUAAUUCGACAAGUAAGGAGGCUAUAAACAGCACGGUGCAUACAGAAUUUCCGUCGAAACAUUGUAACUCAACAUCGCUUCCUAGCAACGAUUCUCAUAUUGCUGAAACAUUGGAUACUGUAAAUGCAACAAAUGAUAAAUCAGUUUCUACUUGCAUAAAUCAUAUUGCUCCUAUAAAUGAAAAGAAACCCCAAGACAGUAUGUUAGUUACUUCAACGACACAAGAUAUUCUUCUGAAAGAACCAGAGAUCAAACCGUUGUCAGACAUAAACGUUAGUCUUCAUGAUAUUAAACCAGGGAUUAAUCCACCUAUAACCGUGCUCGAAGAAAAAAAUGGAAUAACCGUUGUGCUUCAUUUUGCACGGGACAAUCCUAGACAAGAUGUAUUUAUUGUCGUAAUUACAACAAUAAGCAAAAAUUUGAAGCCACUUGGUAAUUACUUGUUUCAAGCAGUGGUACCAAAGAAAUGUAAAUGUAGACUUCAACCACCUUCUGGAACUGAAUUACCAGGUCACAAUCCAUUCCUUCCUCCAUCAGCAAUCACUCAAAUUAUGUUGAUUGCAAAUCCCAAUAAGGAAUCAGUGUCCUUAAAAUUUAUGUUAAGUUAUACGAUGGACGACGAGACUUUCACAGAAAUGGGGGAAGUGGAAAAAUUACCUCUGUUUUGAAGUAUCCUUUCGUAACAAUUGAAGUUGUUACAAUAGCUGUGUUUAAUAUUUCUUAAGAACGACUUCAGAAUCAACAAUUAAUCAAUGAUGAAAACGUAUAUUCAUAAUUUUCCUAGUUUUACAAUACAAAACUGUUCGCCCUGAUCGACGAAUAUAAUUACUGUUCUUUUCAUAAAAUUAUCCUGAUUAUUUUUAUUUAUUCCCACGCAUUGGGAAAUGAAAGUAACGUUUUCUAGUUGUUUAUAUAAAUUAUUACAUGAUCCAUAUACAUACUAAAAAUGUGGGAAGAUGUUUUAAGAAAGGAAUUUAAACUUGACGAAAUGUAUGUGAACACGUUCGUAAAAUAUGCGCAGUGAAACUGAAAUAAACAAUUCAAAAGUAGGAGAUCCGCAUUCCAUCUGAUCGAAGUUAAUGUUCCGUUAUCGCCGAGUGACAUACUCACGCGAAAAUAUAAUAUUUAUCGUCAACUCAAAUAAAAAAAGAACUCUAUUUGCUUAGGAAACUGAGAGUACUUCGUCACGAAAUGCGAGAGCAGUAAGUGCUUUGGUAUGACCUACAUAUUCUCGUUCGACGAUUCCUGUUGAUACAUUCCACAACCUGGCAACGCCAUCGGAUGAAGCUAAAUUAUAUAAAAAAGUACUUCAGUGCUUAAGUUCUUACUUUAAUUUCGAUCGAUGAAUGUAAAAUUUUACGGAAAUGUUUAUUGUUACCAGUGAAUAUAUAUUGUGAAUCCGCGCUGAACGCAGCGUCCCAAACCCAUCGUUUCGCUUCAUGCUGAAGCACUUGUGCUUCUGAAAAGUCUGUAGUCUUCCAAACUCGUGCAGUUUGAUCAGCCGACGUAGUCACUAAAAGCCUAUGAAAGAUAUUACAAAUUUGACAAGAACAUCUAUAAUAAACAAGUUAUAUUGGCAAGAUUUGAUACGUUACUUACGUAGAAUCGGGACUGAACUUGCAUCGAAGAGCGUAACGCUUGUGUGCCAAAAGCUUAUGGCGAGGAUUAAGGCGGGUUGGUUCUUCUCCAACACCACCAGUCAGCGUCCAAAUGUAACAAUGGCCUUUGUUAUUUACCGCUGCCAUGUACGUACCAUCCUGAUCAAUUGUAACAUCUUGCACCGAUGCUUCAGCUUCUGGAAUCUUUGAAUAGAGAGAGUUGUUUUUAUAGAUUUUAAUCGAACCACCAAGCUAUUUGUAAAUAAUAGUCUACCGCUAUUCUUUAAAUUAUUCGUACGCUUAUACCAGUUGUUCGUUAUGAUCUGAACGUAAAUCCCACAAAUGUAUGACACCGCUUUGAUCGCCAACUAUAAGUUCUGCCUGGUUAGGAUGUAAGCACACACAAUUUACAGGAGCCGAUACUUGAAAUAUUCUUUGGCAUUGAAAGCUACUCGACCUGUCGUAACGUUACUAUUAAUAUCGCCGCUGCUGUUACUAUUAGCAUUAUCUUUGUAAUAUAAGUUGAUGUAAUAUAAUUUGAAACUUUAGACAUUUACCUAAGGUCCCAAAUGCGCGCGGAACAAUCUUCGCCUCCGGUAUACAUCCAUUUACCCUCUUCCUAAGGAUAACGAAACAUACUAAUAAUUUCACUAUUGUAUGGCAUUCGAAUUAACUGCAAAGAUUUAAUAAACCAUUCGCUGGAUUAA